GAGAGGUAGUGAGAGAACUAGAUAGCUACAUAGGGGGAAGGGGGCAGGAAUAAAAACCAAGCCCGACUUUAGAAAAGACAAAAAGAUAACAGGGCAUGGCCACGUAAUGUCAUUUAUUUAAUUCUGUUUUUCAUUUAUGUUUGCCAGUUUGGUAGUCAGCUAGCUCGCUAACUUGGCUAGCUAAGAAAGGCGAGCUCGUUGACAACUGUGUUCUGUUACCGGAUAUUACUUUGGAAAAAUACCAGCUCGUAUCGCUCGCCUAUCUCAACUCUGUAGAAGUGGGUGGAGCCUCGACUCAUUUUAGUAUCCCUUCCCUUCCGCCUGGCACUAGUGCCCCACCUCAUCCCGCCUCUGGCACCCCCACCUCCUUCCCAUCAUGCCGUUCUUCGGAAAGUCGCAGAAGAGCCCUGCAGAGAUUGUCAAGAGCUUGAAAGAGAAUGUAGCGUACUUGGAAAAGCUGGAGGCGUCCGAGAGCAAGAAGUGCGAGAAGGUGGCAGAGGAGGUGUCAAAGAGCCUGGCCUCCCUCAAGGAGGUGCUGUGCGGCACGAGUGACAAGGAGCCGCAGACGGAGGCGGUGGCGCAGCUGGCUCAGGAGCUGUACAACACCAACCUGCUCAUCGCCCUCAUCGCCAACCUGCAAAGGAUCGACUUCGAGGGGAAGAAAGAUGUGGUGCAGCUGUUCAGCAACAUUGUGCGGCGUCAGAUUGGCACACGCACGCCCACUGUGGAGUACAUCUCCUCACACCCACAGAUCCUCUUCAUGCUUCUCAAAGGGUACGAGAGCACCGAGGUGGCCCUGAACUGUGGUAUGAUGCUGCGGGAGUGCUUGCGGCACGAACCCCUGGCCCGCACCGUGCUGUUCUCCGAGGACUUCUACUGUUUCUUCCACUACGUGGAGCUCUCCACCUUCGACAUCGCCUCCGACGCCUUCGCCUCCUUCAAGGAUCUGCUUACAAGGCACAAGAUCAUGUGUGCCGAUUUCCUGGAGACAAAUUACGACAGAGUGUUUACAGAAUAUGAGAAGCUCCUCCAUUCAGAUAAUUAUGUCACAAAACGCCAGUCUUUGAAGCUCCUGGGGGAGUUGCUCUUGGACAGACACAAUUUCACGGUCAUGACCAAGUACAUUAGCCGUGCAGAGAACUUGAAGCUAAUGAUGAACAUGCUGAGAGACAACAGCCGGAACAUUCAGUUCGAAGCCUUCCAUGUUUUUAAGGUGUUUGUUGCCAAUCCCAACAAGACGCAGCCGGUGCUGGACAUCCUGCUGAAGAACCAGGCCAAGCUGGUGGAGUUCCUGAGCCGCUUCCAGACAGACAGGUCCGAGGACGAGCAGUUCUGCGAUGAGAAGAACUACCUGAUCAAACAGAUCCGAGACCUUAAGAGGCCCGCAACUCAGGGAGAGGCUUAGGGGGGCCUGAGCCUGGAGACACUGGAGUACGACAGAGAGAGAUGGGGGGCGUGAUGAGCGAGGGUGUAUGCAUGUGGGGGCAUGGAGGGAGAAGACGGGAGAAACGUCAGUGGAGAAAGGGGGAUAGGGCUGAGGUGUUUGGUGGGGUGUUUGAAGUAGAGUGGAGUGUGAAAUUGUUUCCCCCCCCCUCCACAGGGGGCAUCAUCUGAGAGUUAGGAGACAUCACUGCAGACCGAACACCCCACCUCUCUGUACCCCCAGUAAUUUAGGAAAAGGAAUGAUUAUAGAUAAGAUAAAAAAUUGGGAACUAAAGCAACCAUGUGAUACCUCAAAGACAGGGCAAUACAAGAUCAUGCAUAAUAACCUAAUUUCAGCCCUAAACACUCCAUAAAAGUUAUCCAAAUCACCACAGUAUAUGUAUGCAGCUCGCAUCAUUGUUUAAUCUCCAUUCUCAUUUAAUAUGCAUAAUGAUAGAUAGUAUGAAUACAGUGGCUUUUAGAAAACUAGAACCAUGGCUGUUAAACUAAAACAUUUCUACAGAAAAAAACUGAUUCAGAUAACCUGUGCAUGUGUGCUAGAGAGAGAGAGCGAGAGGGAGGGGGGGAAAUGAGAGACGAAUAUAUCUGUUCAGUCUCGCUGCCUGUAUGAGUGAAGACUGGUUUGAGGAGACAGGUUAGAAGAUGGCGUGUGUUGUGUGCAUGUGAGCAAUCUUUUUAUUGUGUGUUGGACUAAAACGAUUUUUACAAAUCUAAUUAUCUAAGUAUAUAUGUGUUUUUCUGUAUUUAAACCAGGGUUAUGUUGGAGUAAGAGUGUACAUAGCAACUCAACUGUUGCAUUUCUGAAAUGAUCCUGUGACUCCACAGGAAAUCCCUUGGCUGGUGUCCUUUAUUUAAGAUACAGUAAUUGGUUUCACUCUUGGCCUUUUUUAUACAGUUAGCCCAUUAUACAAAUAUAUUUUUUGCAUUAUGCUGUGGUUCGGAAAAGUUUUUUUGUUUUUAUGUUUAAAAACUGUGAAUGUUGUUUAAUCUUAUUAUAUGUGGCAGUAAUUGGAGCUGGAAUGAAUUAAUACCCACAUUGACAUGUCUAUGAAUAAGUUGCAAUAUUACCGUUGUAAACACUGUGGAAUACUGUAGGGAUAACAUGACACCAGAUUCUAUAUAAAUGAAUUUAAAUAAUGUCACAGAUAAUUGCCAUAAUUUAGGGGGGUUCCUGUGCUGAAAUAGUACUCAGGUCUUGUUUAAGUGCAAUUCUUGUAGUUAACUGUUCAGACCUUUAGGGUCUGUAUUGUUAUGUGCUCAUAGAAAUCAGAAAUUGAUAUUCCAAAUAAUACAUAAUCACCUUAACAAAGACCAAGGAGACAAAGGGAAGUUGUCACUCUGCUUAAAAUGUCCUUAUUUUAAUUUCAUUAUGAUUUUCAGUGUGUAUAUAUGUUUUUGGUUUCAUGUUUAUACAGUACAGUCAGGACAGUACUUUCCUUGCAGGCUUGAUUAACAACAUGUAAACCAGGACUCUAGAAUUUAACUUCACUCCUAAGCAGUCUUUUUUUUCAU